GACAAUCUGCUUCAUCUUGAUUCUGCAGCAUUCCAAACUGUGGUAUCCUUGGGGUUCUCUUAACAUUGCUAUGGUGCAGAAGAUUUAAAAUCAGCUGAUGUUCACAAGGAAUAGAGUCACGUGAUGUAUGAAGGGAAACAUAUACACUUCUCUGAGGUUGACAAUAAGCCCUUGUGCUCAUAUAGCCCCAAACUGUGCAAGCAGCGGCGACUCAACGGCUACGCUUUCUGUAUCAGACACGUUCUGGAGGACAAGACUGCCCCCUUCAAGCAAUGUGAAUAUGUGGCCAAGUAUAAUAGCCAGCGCUGCACCAACCCCAUCCCUAAAUCAGAGGACCGCAGGUACUGCAACAGCCACUUGCAGGUACUUGGCUUUAUCCCGAAAAAAGAGAGGAAGAAAAAGAAUGAUCCUAUAGAUGAGGUAAAGGUCAGGCACCAGAUGGAUACCAUGGCCUUUAGCCUGACGGUGCCCACGUUGGCCUUGAAGAUGCCCAAUGGACUGGAUGGGAUGUCCCUCUCUCCACCGGGGGCAAGGGUCCCUCUCCACUACCUGGAAACUGAGUUGGAAGACCCAUUUGCUUUCAACGAGGAAGAUGAUGACCUAAAGAAAGGGGCAACUGUGAGAAAGAAGUUGCAGAGCAAGUUGGCCCAGAAUCGGCAGCGCCAGAGAGAGACAGAGAUUUUAAAAGUUCGACAAGAGCACUUUAGUCCCCCUCCUGCACCUUCUCAGCAGCAGCCUCCGCAGCAGCACUCCCACCUGUCACCUUUAUCCACUUUAAAACCUCCAGCGCCACCGCAGGGUCUAGUCUGCAAGUCACCUCAACCUCAGAACACCAGCCUACCAAUGCAGGGAGUGGCCCCCACUCCACACACUAUAGCACAAGCCAGGCAGUUGUCUCACAAGAGGCCUCUGCCCCUCCUGCCAUCUAGUAGGGCUCCCGUCGUGGACCCGCCCAGGACUGACCGGGUCCUUAUGAAAGCCACAGCCUUCUCUCCACACUUCUCUUGUAUAAGUCGACUGCAGAGACUGGUGAAACUGUGCACCCAAAAACAUCAGCUGGACACUGAUCUGUUUCCCCAUUUAGGGUUGGACUGGUCUGAAGAGAGUGGAGAAGAACUGGAGGACUCAGAGCAGGCCUCGCCAUACCAGGUUGCCUGGUCCAUCCGAGAGACCCUCAGAUACGAAAGACACACGUCGGAUGAUGAUGAUACAGAGAGUAGGAGCUCCAGGGUGACCCAACUUUGCACUUACUUUCAGCAGAAAUAUAAGCACCUCUGCCGCCUGGAGCGGGCAGAAUCUCGUCAAAAGAAAUGCCGGCACACGUUUAGGAAAGCUUUGCUGCAGGCGGCCAGUAGAGAGCCAGAAUGUACUGGCCAGUUGAUCCAGGAGCUACAGAGAGCUGCAUGCCGUCGGACCAGCAUAAGCCGGACCAAGUUGAAGGAGGUGGAGCCAGCAGCAUGCAGUGGGACCGUGAAGGGUGAACAGUGCACCAACAAAGCCCUUCCAUUCACCAGACAUUGUUUCCAACAUAUCCUCUUGAACCGCUCUCAGCAACUCUUCUCAAGUUGCACGGCCAAGUUUGCAGAUGGACAGCAGUGCUCUGUGCCCGUUUUUGACAUUACACACCAGACACCUCUGUGUGAAGAACAUGCCAAAAAAAUGGAUAAUUUCUUGAGAGGAGAUAGCUCCCGUAAAGUUCAGCACCAGCAGCAGAGGAAACCCAGGAAAAAAACCAAGCCUCCUGCACUUACCAAAAAACACAAGAAGAAGAGAAGGCGUGGACCUCGUCGACCCCAAAAGCCCAUUCCCCCUGCAGUUCCUCAGGGGAACCUCAGCAUGCCCACCAGCGUCUCACUGCCAGUGGAGGCCUCUCACAUCCGGAGCCCGUCCACGCCAGAGCUGAGUGCUGAUGAGCUGCCGGAUGACAUUGCCAAUGAGAUCACUGACAUUCCACAUGACUUGGAAUUGAACCAGGAGGACUUUUCAGACGUCCUGCCGCGGCUACCUGAUGACUUACAAGAUUUUGAUUUUUUUGAAGGCAAGAACGGGGACCUCCUCCCCACCACCGAAGAGGCCGAGGAGCUUGAGCGGGCCUUGCAGGCCGUGACGUCUCUUGAGUGCCUGAGUACCAUUGGGGUGCUCACCCAGUCAGAUGGUGUGCCCGUCCAGGAGUUGUCAGACAGAGGAAUAGGGGUGUUCUCCACAGGGACUGGAGCUUCAGGAAUUCAGUCCUUGAGCCGAGAGGUAAACACGGACCUGGGGGAGCUGCUGAAUGGGCGUAUAGUCCACGACAACUUUUCUAGUCUAGAGCUGGAUGAGAGCCUGCUCCGUUCUGCUACCUUGUCUAACCCACCUACACCCCUGGCAGGGCAGAUCCAGGGGCAGUUCUCUGCCCCAGCCAACGUUGGCCUUACUUCUGCCACUCUGAUCAGCCAGAGUGCCCUUGGGGAGAGAGCCUUCCCAGGACAGUUUCAUGGACUUCACGAUGGCAGCCAUGCCUCGCAGAGGCCGCAUCCUGCCCAGCUGCUGAGCAAGGCAGAUGACCUAAUCACCUCACGACAGCAAUACAGCAGUGACCAUUCACACUCCUCGCCCCACGGAAGCCAUUAUGACAGUGAGCACGUGCCGUCUCCCUACAGCGACCAUAUCACCUCUCCCCACACAACAUCUUACUCUGGUGAUAACAUGGCAGCUACCUUUUCAGCAGAGAUGCCCAUCAUGGCGCAGCACUUGCUCCCAGCCCAACUUGAGGUGCCACUUGGAGGAGUCGUAAACCCCAGAACUCACUGGGGCAAUCUCCCUGUCAGCCUCGGAGAUCCCUCUCCAUUUAGCAACCUUCUCGGCGCAGAUGGACAUCUUCUUUCCACUUCCCUAUCCACACCACCCACCACUUCGAACUCAGAGACCACACAGCCUGCCUUCGCCACCGUGACCCCCAGCAGCUCCAGUGUGCUUCCGGGGUUACCGCAGACCAGCUUCAGUGGCAUGGGGCCUUCUGCUGAACUGCUGGCCUCCACCUCUCCCAAGCAGCAACUCCCUCAGUUCAGCGCAGCCUUCGGCCACCAGCUGAGUUCUCACAGUGGCAUCCCCAAGGACCUGCAGCCCAGCCACAGCUCAAUAGCGCCUCCCACAGGCUUCACAGUGACAGGUGCCACAGCUACAAGUACCAAUAAUGCGUCUUCUCCCUUUACCUCCCCUAACUGA